AUGCGUGAGAUCGUUCAUAUUCAAGCCGGACAAUGUGGUAACCAAAUUGGAGCAAAGUUCUGGGAAGUCAUUUCUGAUGAACAUGGAAUCGAUCCAACCGGAGCAUACAACGGAGAUUCCGAUUUGCAGUUGGAGAGAAUCAACGUUUACUACAAUGAAGCAAGCGGCGGAAAAUACGUCCCACGUGCUUGUCUGGUUGACUUGGAGCCGGGAACCAUGGACUCCGUGAGAGCCGGUCCAUUCGGUCAACUCUUCCGUCCAGACAACUUUGUCUUUGGACAAAGCGGAGCCGGAAACAACUGGGCAAAAGGACAUUACACCGAGGGAGCUGAGCUCGUCGACAACGUUCUUGAUGUUGUCCGUAAGGAGGCUGAAAGCUGUGACUGUCUUCAGGGUUUCCAAAUGACUCACUCGUUGGGAGGAGGUACUGGUUCUGGAAUGGGAACACUUUUGAUCUCCAAAAUCCGUGAGGAAUAUCCGGAUCGUAUCAUGAACACCUUCUCUGUGGUCCCGAGUCCAAAAGUGUCGGACACUGUCGUUGAGCCAUACAACGCCACACUCUCCGUCCAUCAACUUGUUGAAAAUACGGAUGAGACAUUCUGCAUCGACAACGAAGCCUUGUAUGACAUCUGCUUCCGUACCCUCAAGCUUACUACACCGACAUACGGAGAUUUGAAUCAUCUUGUCUCGAUGACGAUGAGUGGGGUCACCACCUGCCUUCGUUUCCCUGGACAGCUGAAUGCCGACUUACGUAAAUUAGCGGUGAACAUGGUUCCAUUCCCACGUCUUCAUUUCUUCAUGCCCGGAUUUGCUCCGCUUACAUCUCGAGGAAGCCAACAAUACAGAUCCCUAACUGUCCCAGAGCUUACCCAGCAAAUGUUCGACGCCAAGAACAUGAUGGCAGCUUGUGAUCCACGUCACGGACGUUAUCUCACUGUCGCAGCAAUGUUCCGUGGAAGAAUGAGUAUGAAGGAGGUCGACGAGCAAAUGCUCAACGUUCAGAACAAGAACUCUUCGUAUUUCGUUGAAUGGAUUCCAAACAACGUAAAGACCGCAGUUUGUGAUAUUCCACCAAGAGGAGUCAAGAUGGCUGCCACCUUUGUUGGAAACUCAACAGCUAUCCAGGAGCUUUUCAAGCGAAUCAGCGAACAAUUCACAGCUAUGUUCCGCCGUAAAGCUUUCCUCCAUUGGUACACUGGAGAAGGUAUGGACGAGAUGGAGUUCACGGAAGCUGAGAGCAACAUGAACGACUUGGUCUCGGAGUAUCAACAAUACCAAGAAGCCACCGCCGACGAUGAGGGAGAAUUCGACGAGCACGACCAGGAUGUGGAAUAA